AUGACCCAUCACGUCCAUGGAAGACGAUCGGCCAGUGACAAAUGGCCGCCGUCGCUACCAGAUCAGCAAGAAACUCUGGUAGACAAGACAUUUGUAUUCAGCGCCGAUGAGCUUAUUGCCUCGACGUUAGUUGGACGAGGCAGCUUGCUUCACAAGCCUGGCAGGCUAGUAACUCUCAAAGCUCGUAGCUCAGACUCUGAUGAGAAUACAAGCGGAGAAGCUUCUGGUGGUAUCAGAGUCGUGAGCACUCCUGGUCGUUUCUUUGGUGAAAGGGACUGGACACGCUCUACAGUCAAGUGUAAACAGGACCAUGCCUCGUUAGAUGCCGAUUUUGAUGAUCAUUCUGGACAUAAUCAUCGUCAGCGCCACAGACAUCGUCAAGUCAAGAAGUGGCUGGAAGAUGAUGAACCGCGUGAUGAUGUUCCGCGUCGUGCCAAACCGGGUAGACGAUCACUCGGCCAUGGUCGGCCGGUGAUAGGAAGGGUUGGCGAUGGUGACAAGCGACCUCGAGCUCCAUCUGGAGGCUCCCGCUAUGCGUCUUCUGGUACACAGACAGCCGGCGGAUCAUUAUCGCCACCUGCUGGCGAUAGACCUGCACUUCCUGGGCAGACUGGAGGUGACAAGCCUGGAGGCGUUGGUUCUGGUGGUCCAUCUACCAGCUUGCCCACCACUGCUCCGGCGGGAGGAAGCGUGCAGGCACCAAGCGGAGGAUUGCCUCCAGUCACAGCAGGAGACCCAAGAUCGGCAAACCCUCCUGUUGGCCCUGCGGCUCCAGGAACCAUUGCUGGACCAGCCGUUCCUACCCCCAAGCCUGGUGUUCCUGUUCAAUCAGGACCGGGCCCUCAGCAACCUUCCCACGCUGGAGAUGUUGCAACUUUGCCUGGGGCUCCUCCGGCGUCGAGUGGGCAAAACAUCCCACCACCAGCCUCAGUCCCAGGCGUCCCAGCUGUUCAGCAUCCUGGAGAUGCCCCAACUCUACCUGUGACUGCUCCCGUAUCAGGUCAGCCAAAGGCCCUGCCACCAACCUCAGCUCCUGCUGGGCCAGCCGUGACACCCAUCACAAACCCAGUUGUGGCUCCUCCAGCGUCGAGUGAGCCUAAGGUUCUACCACCAGCCUCAGCUCCAAGCGGCUCUGCUGUUGUACCCAUUACGAACCCGGCAACAAGCGCGCCAGGCUUGCCUCCCCCACCGCAACAGCUCAUUCCCCUCAAAGACCAAUACAUGCUCGCAGCGACUGGUCAAUCAACUCAGAUCCGCAGUGCAACGCCAGGCAUCAGCGCUGGUACCGUCCCGUCUGACCACAUCGUCUUCUCAACACCAGACACCGGCACUCAAGCGUUUCUGACUUCGUCAGGACCCAUAGUCUUUGAGACUUCCUUGGAAGCUAUCAAGACCAACAUAAGCGACUUUCCCCUCUCGUUGAGUGAUCCUCUGAGACGAGACUUUGGCGCAGCUUGGAAACUUGAUGACAAUGCAUCUUACCUUCAAAGGGCUGAUGUCAACUUGAAGCUUGGCUCGGAUGGUAAAUCUCUUGAGAUGACCGGGCUCAAAGUCAAGGUCUCCAAAGACACAAAAAGCGCUCCGCUGGUGUUCUCUACUGAUGCUAAAGUGCUCAACGAUGAGUUUGAGACUGGCUUCUUCCAAGCUUCAAAAGAUGCCAAGAUUACCACGCUUACUGGCAUUGAUCGCUACCCCGGCCACCUCCUCCUUGGGUUGGAGACAAGCUCUGCCAACGGUGGAUUCGAAAAUCUUGCCGACCUUUGUGCAGUCGCUCACAUCAACCCCAAGCCUUGGCUCAAGAUAUUGCUUAAAGAAACCGCCAUCAAAUUUGGUGCUUUGGCUGGUACGCCAGCUCGCAACGCGAUGUGGUAUAUUCCAGGUUCAGGAUCCAAAUGUUGUUUCCGACUUGAGGCCUCUCUCAACCUGGACGGGAAAUUAGCAGGUUUACUGAACAAAUACCUCGCUGGUUGGAACGACCACAUUCCCCCGCUCUCUGUUAUUGCCAAGAGGACUGUGUCACCAUCCUCUGGUCCUUGGGGAGACGCUUCCACUAUCGGCGAGCUCACCAUCGCCGCAGAGCCAGAUAUAAAUGGCGAGAAGCGUGCUAUGGGUAUGUAUGUGACCAUAGGAGAAGAUCACAUCAAUGUGUUCUUCGUCUGCUACUCUAAAGCUCUUCAAUGGGAAGCUCUCAAGGCUUGGAUCAGGAAGAGCUGCAGCGAAGUCGGCACUGCUAUUGACGACUUGGAGAAAGUUCUUCUCAAUACUGGUCAUGGUUCCAAGGCUCAGAAUACGAGCACUUCUCAUAUAUACUGGAGAAAGGUGACUGUUACUCUCCUGAACGACGGGAAGGGCGGUGUCAGUCUUGCCGGCAUGCGCCUGGAGCUUGAAGCUUCUAUGCAAGUGCUUGUUCCCAAGGAUAAGCAUUCAGUCUUCACUCUGGACUUCAUCUGGACUAGAGGCACUGGAGAGUUCUCGGGCGAAUGUGAAUUUAGCGGCAUCGGCAAUGUACUAGGGAAGGGUGACCCGCCAUUGCAGUACUAUCUUGACUACGAGCGGUGGGAUCAGUUCUCCUACCUUGAUCCGUCGGAGCCAUUCAUGUCGCUACGUCACCUCGACAGUAGCUUCGUACAGAACCUGCCGUUUGGUAUUCCCACCGAGAUUACCGAAGCAGAUCUCUACGUCUCAAACCAAAGUCUGAGUGUCAGUGGUCGUCUUGAAGCUUUGAUCGGAAGGCCAACAGACACUUCGGUGGUCUCAGAUCCUUCAAAGAUACCGUCUCUACAGAUCGCCCAUACCAUGCUAGGCUUCUCAGUCAACUACGUCUAUGCUUCAAAGGAGUUCAAUAUCAUGCUUGAUGGAUCCAUCUCUCUUGUGCCUUUCAAGGAAGGUGAUCCUCCGCCAUCGCUGGAGGCCAUGAUAACGUAUUCGUCACAGGAGAGCCAAGUUUCAUUCUCCGCGCAUGCAUCAAAUGUUCCCAUGACAGCUCUUCACUCUUUAUUCGCUGCCGGCGAAGAGAAAACCUAUGCGAUGUCUAUCCUGGAGAGCAUUGACCUACAGCGCAUUGCGCUUGAUAUUACGGCCAGCAAGGGACAACCAGCUCGGGUAAACUUUGAGGCGGACCUCAGGAUCUCCAGUGUUCUACUGGCGACAAAAUUCGAGCGUACAGACGUCAAUACCUGGAAGCUCAGUGCCGAGUUGCAUAAGGAAACCACAGCUGCUGGUCAGGCGUCCAAAGAGUUUACACUCGGCGACGCUGUGCAGAAGCUUCUGGGCCAGGAGGUCCGAGAUAUACUUCCAGACUUUGUAACGGGAACAACUUUCAAGACAUCGAAGCCCGAUGACAAGUUCGACGUUAUUGUCACUCGUCUGAAUGGUGCAAAGUCGCAUCUCGUUUUCGGUGCAGAGCUCAAGUUUGGCAUGCUCCACGUCCAAUUUGCCCAGUUGGUCCCGAUCACAGGAAAGACUGACAAGCCUUCGCCCAUCAAGAGACUGAUACGCGUGUCUCUGGGUCCUCUGCCAUCAAUCUCCAAGCUCCCCAUCCUUGGAAACCUGGAUAUACCAUUUGAUGCGCUCGAGUUCCUCUGGGUCAGCACCAUGUUCACACCAGAGGAUAUCAGUACCCUUAACGGAAGUGCAAAGAUGUUCCAGGAGCAGCCAUUCAAGAUGAGGCCCGAGGACAAAGAGUUAUCCGAAGGUUUCCACUUCCGUCUUGUUGGUAGCCAUGGCGUCUUCCUUGACCAUGUAUUCGGUCAGGAUAAGCAAGACAAGAAGAAGACUCCAGCAGGUGCAGCUACUCCCGGCUCAAAGGCAACCCCUGCUCCCGUCCAAGAGAAGAAACCGUCCACAGAAGCAGUUGUUCCCAGUGGAGGCGCUCCGGCUACAACAGCCCCUCUUGCGAAGAAGAAGGGACCUCUCACUCUCUCCGGUAUCUCGUUGUCCUACGAAGGCGGAGUCCUGCGCAUUCAUCUUGAUGCCAGUGUUCUUAUCGGACCCAUCAGUGCUGGUAUUCAGGGUCUCACUCUCGUCGUCAGACUCGACUCCAAGCAGAUCCAUGGCUUGCACGACAUUCUGCAUGUUCCGAUUGAUGUCGAGGUCGAAGGAUUCGACAUGUCAUUCGCUCGUAUGCCAAUCCAAAUCGCAGGAGCUCUGCACCACAAGCCUGGCACCAAAGCGUACUUUGGAGGUGUUGCUAUCUCUUUGAGUACCUUUUCCAUUGCAGCACUUGGCUCGUAUGAGCAGGUCCCAGCCAACGCAGCAGCUGGUACGCCAGAAUAUGAUUCCUUCUUCAUUUAUGCGAUGAUGGAGGGACUAAUUUUCACGAUGGGCUGGGCUGAGGUUCGUGGUCUCAUGGCUGGCUUUGGCUACAACUCACGUCUCCGACUACCCACCGUGGAACAGCUGUCUUCAUUCCCACUCAUUCAAGGCUUUGACCAGGCGGGAGGCUUCAACAUGAACCAGGCUGUCAAGUCGCUGACAGGUCCUGAUGCUUUUGUGACCCCUAGCAUGGGCUCCAUCUGGCUAGCACUUGGUCUUGUCAUCCGAGCCUGUGAGGCUAUCGAUAUGCGUGCUGUUGCAACAGUAGCUCUUGGACCCAAUCAGACUGACAUUGGUUUGAUUGCUCGUGCAACAGCUACCCUUCCUCGACGUGCGAGCCCCGAUAAGGCUCUCGUCCUCAUCGAUCUCUCUGUGGUUGGCAAACUUGAUCUUGUCAAUGGCGAGCUCUCAGUUGACGGUCUCAUCAAUCCCACUUCUUUUAUUCUCAACAAGGACUGUAGGCCCUCAGGUGGCUUCGCAAUUCGAAGUUGGUUCGGCAAGAAUAACCCACAUUCAGGUGAUUGGGUGGUCAGUUUCGGUGGCUAUCACCCCAUGUACCAAGUCCCAGCGCAUUACCCUCGCCCACAGCGAUUAGGCAUCUCGUGGACGCUUAGCUCAAACCUCAGGGUUACCGGCAAUGCAUACGCAGCUAUUACACCAGGAGCCGUUAUGGCGGGAGGAAUGCUUCAAGCAGUCUUCUCUGCUGGUCCACUAGGUGCACACUUUGACGCCCAUGCCGACUUCCUUGUCAACCUUAAGCCUCUACACUAUGUAGCCGACAUGGCAGUAUCUGCAGGUGUCUAUUAUGAGAUUAGAGUCUGGCGUUUCAGAAAGAAGAUCUCUGUCAACGUGGGAGCUUCUCUCCAUCUUGAAGGACCACCAAUUCACGGCAGCGUGCACUUUGAUCUGUCUGUGGUCAGCUUCACCGUCAGCUUCGGUUCUGGAUCCUCUGAGGGCAAGAGGGCCAUCAGUCUACGUGAGCUUAUGGAGCUUGUGCUACAGGAAGCAGGUGAUACACGGAAAGCAGACAAUUCCAUUGUCAACCCUCAUACAUUCACAGCUGUGUCUGGUCUCCUUGGAGAUGACAAGAAGAAGAGCGACACGGUCAACAAAGCUUCGGGUAACAAGGUGGCUUCUGCUAAGGAGCGUUGGCACGUCCGAAGCGACAACUUCAUCUUUUCUGUUCGAAGUGCGGUGCCAGCUAACUCCAUUGGAAUCGAGGGUCGUGGUGCUUCGCAGUACACGGGCAACUCCAUUAUCAGCAGACCUAUGCGGAUGAAGAAGGAUACAAGCGAAUCUUCCAAGAUCAAAUCGACACUGGGCGUCAAAGUCCGGAACGUCAAGGAAGAUAAGAUCGUUCCCUUCCGUGAGGUAGCCAAGGUUGAGGAUCAGUUACCAGCCAACUAUUGGGGUCCUUACUCUGAGAACACAGCAGACUAUAUGAGGCCUGAUAGAAUGCCUCCAACAGUCUCUCAUCUCGUUGGUGCGACUCUGGUGCCACCACCACCCGCUGCUCCUCAGCAGUCCAUUCCUGUGUUCAAGUCCAUGCCACUGGACCACGACGCUCCACCAUGGAGACCUGAAAAGGUCAAAAAGUCCGUUCGCUAUCUCGAUCAUGCCAAUGCUAGAGACAGCGUCAAGUGGUCUCGUGUCAAGGGAGCUAUGGGCUUAGAACCUGAGGGAAAGAGGGAGAAGCCUCCUAUGGACACAAUCCUACUGACAGAGGCUGGAGAGGCAAAACAGGCUGCUGCUCCUGGACCUCUUCCGACCAAACCAUACCGUCAAGGUAUCUUGGAUAGCUUCAUCAGGCUGGCCCACAGUGGUACAGACGCGGAGAGUCUCAAGGUGCAAAAGGCGUACAGUGGUAUUGGUGCUAAUGUGCCCGAUGUCAUCUUGAACGACCCGCAGCGCUUUUACAUCGUGCGUCUGUUUCAGCAAGCCCGGUUCCCUGCACCCUGGUCAGACCCUCCUCUCUCUACACCCCAGGUCAUCACUGCGCAACUGGAUACCGGAAGUCAAGAGAGAUCAUUAUCCGAACUGCAUAGCAGUCUCUUCUUCAUUAUCGUGAACAGUGGUUGUACUGGGCGCAGAAAGUCUUUUGAGUACCUCUCCGACCCGGUCGACUCGAAGAUGGGGAAGUCCAGGGUCGAAGAUGAGGUUCUGAGCCAUUUAAACGGGGGAAAGAAGCGACUACAAAAGAAACCGCGGUAUGAAACUGAGGGCGGCUCUUAUUGGAAAGAGAUACCGCGCAUCAGAGAGAUUGUGGAUAAGAGUACCUGGAAGUCCAACGGGUCCUUAAAAGUUGGCGAGACUCUCAAAUACGACUGCUUCAUGCCUACUGGGGAAGUCUAUGAGUUCUUACCAUGUGCUCCUUGGCCGCUCAAGGCUAGGGAGGUCCUCGGUUAUCAAAGGUUUCGUGGAACCGACAGGAUCAUGGAAAUUGAGGGUACCCCUGUGGCUCAAGACCCCUUCGCGCCAUACAAGCUGCUUUUGUAUAAGGGCAGGUACAAUGCGGACACAGGAUACGAUGACCGGCACCGUUUUGUGUACCUGGCAGAGAACAAACCCAAAGAGCCGGCGGUUGGUGACUGCUUCAUUCGACUGGAGGAAAUUCACAAGCGUAUGAAUGGUACCGAAGCCGAGUAUAUUGAGGAUUGUAAAAGGCAUAACUCGUGGGACGCAGCUGUUCGCGCCGCGUCACCGUUGAGCUUGAGCAAAUUGAACAAGUUACAAAAGUUGAGAGCAAAGGAAGAGUUGACAAGAGCAACGCUAGAUGGUAAAUGGACACUCAGGUUUCGCUGCUGGACUGUUGACGGCAAAGAAUGUGAAGAAAGUGAGAAAAGGCUCCGGAACCGCCUUUUCAACGACGUCUUUCCUGCCAACGACGAGCGAGAUCAUAUUGCUGUGUUUAAAGUCUGGGCAGAACUAUUGCGCAAUUCACAGGGCGAUAAGCUAGGAGCAAAAGAUUUCUUUGGACGCUACUGGGAUGCUGUGAUUCCUAAUGAUUGGGACGAUGUGUUCCGGAACGGGUUCCAGAUCAUUUUGGACCCGCAAUGGUUCCAAUGGUUCUGGGGAAAUGUCGGAGAUGUCGAGUUGGCAUAUCAAGACCCCGUUCAUCGCCUCGCUGCGAAAGAAAAAGUGUUUGAAGGGAUCAAACGUGCCGUUGAAGCACCGCGCCUCAAGUUCAAACCUCCUCUGAGCGUCAAUAAUGUUUUCUUCGGGGUUGAGCUUGAUCAUAAUGCCACCGAUUGUACGGCAGGCUGGUUUGAAGACGGAUGGAGGUGUCUUGAGGGUCAUCCAGGAGGCCUUUACCAGAUCGUUGUGAACUUACCAGUACGCCUGUUCCUCUGUCUCGACACUCAUAAACGGCCUUUCUGGCAGAAAGGAUACGGUCACCCUCGGGAGCCAAAAGCCAAAAGUCUUAACGACGAGCACCUGGACCUGUGUCGCCCACACACAAUGCCAACAACGACUCUCAUCAACACUACUCUUCUAAAUAACCCGAUCAAAAAGAGAAACCCGCCGCAAGACAGAUGCGUGGCUACAAAUGGGUAUUCUGCCAACGUGGCCAUGUCGGGCGCAUUCCCUGACUUUUAUCCCAACGCCGCCAUCGCAAAGAAGAAGAGGGUCGCAGAGACCGCAAACAAUCUUGUCCUGGGCACACCUGACACUAACACAGUCAUGAUGAGGCAAGCAGUUCCCCGAGGUACCCCUCCCUGA